AUGUCGGACUCCUGGGACCCUACUAGCUAUUUAUACGAGCAAGCCGACAAGCGCAGAAGCAGCAGCAGUAGCAGCAGCAAUAGCAACGACAACUUAUCUCAAAACCAAAGCGCAUGGGAUUGGCAGGGUCAGUGGCAGUUGGCGACGAAAAGCAAUGAUGAUUCUUCAGGAUCUGGAGAGUAUGCCGCGCAAAGCAUCAACAGGGGAGAUCAGGGAUCGAACGAUGAUGUUGAUGAGACUAGAUGGCAACGCUGGUGA